AUGUCUUUAUUGACAUUGACAACAUUAACUUUGUUGAUUGUUUGUUGCGCACCACAAUUGACUUUGGCACAGGGUUGCGAAGGCCCUUCCAUAACAUCAUCCAAUGGUUAUUGUAAUAAUGGUGGCAAACUGCUUGCUGCCACCACUGGAAUCAUUCCAGCCUUCAUCAAUGUUGGCCUAAUGCCAUCGAUGCACAACAAGUUGACUAUAACGCCCUUUGUGCCAUUUGACUCGAGUCAGAACAGAUUCCCCAUCCGCAAGUCUGGCCAGUACACCGUCCAGUACUCUUGUGUCUCGGACAACAGCACCCACACGACCAAUAUCCAGGUCACUGUGCCCGAGGUCACCCUCAAGUCCAAGUGUCUCGGCACGCUCGUCGACUUCUCAUUCACCGAAAACUGCACCACGCUGCAGGUCAACGAGAAGACCGUCAACAACUACGUCAAUGGCGACGUCGUCCAAAUCUUCCCACCAGGAUACGGUCAGGUGCACGUCACCUGUACAGACGACAGCGGCAGGACCGUGUGCAACUUGAACACAGCCUAUGCCCAGCCCACUCUUGGCACUCGUCCCGACAUCGUUGUGCAGCCAUCAUACUGCAGCUACUCGAACGGCUCGAUCCAGGUGACCAACCCCGAUAAGUUCACCAACUUGACGUUGUCCCUCGGAGGUACCGCUCUGAACGCCACCAAGACUGGUCUCUGGGAGCACCUUAGAGAGUCGUCCGACUCGACCUACGUCCUGGACGCCUGGUCCGCCGACUGCGACCAUCAGUUCUUUGAGAUUAUCGUUACCCCAUCGCUGCCACAGCUGGUCGUCACUCCACUCGACACCAACAAAUGUCCAAAUGAUUACCACGUCAGACUGUCACUGCUUGGCGCCAAGGGCAAUACAACUUGGACUGUCAACGGUGUGAGCACUACCAACGACACCUUCAAGAUCAACCCAUUCGGCAUCACACCCAACUCUAUCAACUACAGACAGCUCGAUGGUGACCAGUGUGAAUGGAGCUCAGAGGCAAGCAUCAACAUUGACAUCCCUCCAUUCUUGAACGAGCUGACCUACACCAUUAACAAUACUAAUGAGUGUAUUGAUGGCACUGGCAUCGUGACUCUGUCAAUGCCAGCCACCAGUGUAAUGAUUGUGAACAAUAACAUACCUCCUAGUCCUUUGGACAACAGAAGGUUGUUGGGAAGGACACAGCUUAAGGACUCGCCAGUGGUAUUCCUCGAUACCAAUCAGACGAUGUUUAUGGUCACCUAUGGCCAGACAUACAAGGUGUACACCAGCUGCACCAACACACCAUACACCAUCCAACCAAUGCAUCCCGCUCCAAUCCUCGUCGAGACGCCCUACAACCCCAACCACACGUCCUGCUUCUACGACACAUCGUUCACCAUCCCCAACUACCUCGACUUUGGUGACAUCCAGUUGGCCACAGUCAUCGUCAUGCCACGGUUGGCCGGUGUGCCACCAACCAUCUACAAGGCCGUCAAUGGUGUGUUUAGCAACAUCCCCAGAGGCACCUACUCUUUGACCUACACCUUCCUCUCGGCCAACGGAUCAACCUGCCCAUUUAACCAGACCAUCACUGGCCUCAACUUUAUGUACACUAAGCCCGUGUUGUCUGACCUCCACUACACCUUCAACUACAACCCACUCCAGGUGUGCGGCCAGGAGAUCAACGUCACCGCCUCCGUCACCACCCCAACCAACGCCACCGCAACCGUCUUCACAUUCUCAAUGGGAUCGGGCGGCUCCUUUGUCCAGGAGUUCAACAGACCAGACUCACCAACCUGCUUCAUUGCUCUGCCCGGUGUUGCCCCCGUCGGCAAGAUGUCCGUGCCAACCAUCACCAUCACCAACGCCACCUGUCUCUACAACGCGGAUGCCACGUUCACCGUCACCCCAGCGCCACAACUUUGCUACCUCAAUGGAGUUCUUAUCUCUGGCUCGGCUACCGCCGAUAACACCACCUACUUUGGCCAGCUUCCAGGCGUGUAUAACCUGACAAUCGUUGACUCGAACCACGGCUGCUCAUGGACCAACGAGCAGUUCACCAUCCCACAAUCAAUGCCCGACUUCAAGUUUGAGUACACUGUCACCAAGUACAUCACCAACUGCUCGAUCCGUGAUUACGCCACCAUCAAUAUCAAGAACGCUGCCAACUACACCUCGUUCUCCCCAGCCGUCGAUACCACUACUGGUGACUGCAAUCUCACAUCCACUGGAGCCUUCCACUUUACCAAUGGCGCCUGCACCCACACCGUGUCCCUCCAGGACGAAAUCACCAAACCAACUGGCCUCGUCCUCUCAGUCACCAAGUUGCAUCCAGUCACCUGUAGCCAGGGCGAUGGCACUUACCUGUUCAGCGCGACACAAGACGGACAGAACCUCAAUACCUUCAUCCCAAUUUUUGAGAGCAACAUAGCCCAGUUCGUCAAGCCGGGCAACACUACCUUCACUGUCAGUGCCGGCACUUGCUACUUCUCCUACACCCUGGUGACCCAGCUCGAGCCCCCCAACUUCAAGUUCGAGACCACGACCAUCUACCCCGACAUGAACAUCGCCGGUAUUAUCGAUGUCAAGACCAACAACCCAGAUGUGUUUAUCAACAGUUUGGUGCCAAGCAAUGGCGACCAGACCUAUGCUGACGCCCUCAACCCCAAUCGUCUGGCCACCUCGACCGAGAACGUCACGUUCACCAUCAAUUGGAACGUUGUUUGCAACCAGCUCGUUGACCUGAACUUGCCUCUCUAUGUCUCACCAAGACCUCAGUACUACUUCAAGGUCGUGGGCUGUCCUGCCUCACUCACCUUUGUCCUUGUCAACUUUGAUCAGUUCAUUGGAGUCACACUCAAUGGCGUACCACUCGGAGCAGAUGGUACCAUUCCAAAUGUACCAUAUGAGGAAAGUCGCGACUUGAGCCUCGUCUUUUCCAGCAGGAUGUUCUACACCAACAAUGGAAUCGUCGGCCCCAUCGAGGUCAGAACCGUGGUCAUCCCUCAGAUGACUGUCGGUUCCCUGACUGAGGAGACCUGUACCGGUUCCUACAACGGCCAACUCUCCCAGCUGCCCACCACCUCGUUCUACCAGGUCACACCACAAACAACACUCGCACCCUACGAGCCACAAUCAGCCAGAUUAUUCAAUGGACUGUCCACUGGUGACUACUUCCUCCUUUCAUCUCUCAACAACAACGCAUUCUGUUUGAACGUACAGGAGUUCUCAAUUGCUGGUAGUGAGCCAUCAUUGUCCGUCGCCACUCAGCCACUGUGCUCGCCCACCGAAACCCGUCCCCUUAACGUCUCGUUCGGUCUCAACAUGCCCAUUACCCAGUUCAACGCCAACCUCUUUGGCCAGAGCUUCAACUCGUCCACACCAUUGUCGGCCGGCAACUACAUGUUCCAGGUGAACAUCACCGACCCCAUCUGUCGCCGCAUCCUCCCAUCCACCUCCAUCACACUCAGCACUCAGUCGGUCGAACCAAUCGUCACGUCCAACAAUUGCCAGCACAUCGACAUUGACGUGCUCACUGGUGGCGUUUACACAAUCAUCGUGGCGCAAACUGAUGAUCACAGCAGGAACACGACCGUCACAUACGACUUUAGCAACGUGACCAGUCGUCUGUCGCUCGCCCUGGACAUUGACGACAACACCAACUUCACCGUGUUCCUCCAGUCGCCAGUCUGUCUGACAUCCUCCGAGAUCUAUAUCCACCACUGCGCCGCUGCCAAGAAGAACUUGGGUUGGAUUGCCGCCGUCGUUAUUGGCGCUAUAAUCAUUGCAGCCAUCAUUGCUUUCGCCAUUUACAAGUGCAAGCGUCCAGCCAAGGUUAUCGACGCUGGCGAUGAUCGUAUUGCCAUGGAGACUGUCUCUGUCUACACUGGAGGCAAGAUCAAUAAGUUGGACAAGUUCUAA